CGGGUCGAGCGGCGACAGGAUGGCAGAGGCGUCAGAAGCCAACAUGCAGGAUCUGAUUGAGGUCCUGCAGCGCGUGCUCGAGGAUAACAAGGACCGCAAGGUUCGUGUGCGUAACGUUCACAUUGAUGGCGUCAAGCGAACAGCCCCCUGGCUGCUGCAGCAGCAGGCAGCACCCUUGCUUGAAUGCACUACGCUGGGAGACGUGCUGGAGGAGGCCGACUACACUUGCAGCAAGAUCAAGUCCCUCAACGUUUUUCCUAACGUAUCUGCCGAAGUAGACCGUAGCUUGGCACAACCACUUCAAGACGAUGGGGUGGAGGAACUUGACAUUAAUUUUCAGAUUCGGGAGAGUCGACUCGUGUCUGGUGGUACUGGCGUCACCGUUGGCAACAACCAAGGAACUGCCACUUUUAGUAUCAAUCUGAACAAUCUGGCCGGAGUUGCAGAUCAGGUCUCCUUUACUACCUCACGCACCUCGAAGGGUCAAGUGGGCUACCAAGCCGCUUAUAGUCUCCCGUUCUUGGGCAGCCCAUUCUCGCCACUUCGCUUUGAGCUUGCCAAGACACAAUUGGAGCUGCAGCAGCACGGCGCUUUUCUGGACAAUCGCUAUGCCGCCGUUGAGCUACAGCAGAGGUACUUUGGGGUCGACCAUAGCUUCCGACUCGAGUCUUCAUGGCGCCAUAUCCACCGCGCUGCCGCAGAUGUGCCGUUUCUGCUGCGCGAACAAAUGGGCCACACCUUGAAAAACGCUGCCAGCUACACGCUCAAGAUGCAGGCCUUUCCCGAGUCGGAUCAAUUCGACUUGGCCAUGCGCAUCUCGGCCGAGGCCGCAGGCGGACAACUGGGCGGCGACAUUCAUCAUUCGAAAAUCGAAGCCUCUGCCGAUGCUCAGAGCAUCUGGGACCUGUGCACAUUGCGCCUGAGUGGGCGCCUGGGCUAUGGCACCGCGCAGCCCCUGCCCCUGGCCGUGAAGCAAGCCACCCCACAUCGGCCACUGCACUUGGCGGAUCGCUACUGCCUGGGCGGCGUGCUGAACGUUCGUGGCUUCAAGCACAUGCGAAUUGGUGAUGCCGCCGGUACAUAUGCGCAGGGCGGGUCGGCUUACUGGGCUGCCGCGGCACAUGCAUAUUUCCCCUUUCCCAAGCUGCAAGACACCCUCGGCUCAUCCGUGCAGCUGCAUGCCUUUGCUAAUGCUGGUUCAGUGGCCUCGCAAGCCAAGCAGUUGUGGCAUCCAGGACGGAUUGCGGCCAGCUAUGGUCUCGGCAUUUUUGCACAGGCCCAGCUGUGUCAGCUGGAGCUCAACUAUACCUUGCCCUUCCAGACGGGCGGGGCGCCCACUCAACCGGGCUUUUCCAUUGCCGUCGGCUGGGAGUUUUUGUAGACAUUACGGCAGGAAACGGGCGACAUGUAUUUGCUUCUCCGUGAAUCGCCAAUUGUUCACUGGCCAGAAUAGAGUAAA